CGCUCGCCCAUCCUCACCUCCGUCCAAGCUCCCACCGCUUCGCCGCCGUUCCCAGUCCCCCGCCGUCUUCUAUACCUGCAUACCGUCCGGUACCCGUGCCUUCGUCCCAGCAGCAUCAGCCUGUGCGGCCAGCAUGAGCACAGCGACAGCGACAUCCACGCCCACCACCCUCUGGGCUACAGCUUCAAAGGAGUGGGUGAUCCCGGCCAAACCGAAGCCUGGCCGCAAGCCGAAGAAAGACAGCGCUCCAGCUGUCCAGGACACUUCCGAGGUCAGACUCACGCCCCUCCUCCCCAUGGAUCCACUAACAUCGCUCUGGACGGAACAGACGGACAGCAAGGGCCGCCGCGUACAGAACAGGGCCGCGCAACGUGCCUUCCGCGAGCGCAAGCAGUCCCAGCUUGCGGAGCUGCAAGCUCGUGUGCAGCAGUUCGAGCAGGGCGAAAUCGAGCGCAAUGUCGCGCUGCAGAACAUCGCCAAGCGGCUCAAAGAGGACAACGAGAAGCUCCUCAGGGAGAACGCUCUCCUCAAGGAUAAACUCGCUCAGCUGGAAGACGACGUUGGGCCGCUAGACAACUCGAAGAAGAGGACUAGGAAUGACUCGACACAACGGUCUCCGAGCCUUCCGUCCGCACAGUUGUCUAGGAAGAAAACCAAGGUCUCGCCCGAGCCUCCCAGCAGGCUCGUCACUUCCAUGUCACCCGCUAGUUCGUACGACGCACCUUCCCCUGCGUCGUCGGUGUCGUCGUCGCAUCCAUCUUCCCACACUAGCUUCUCGCCGCUGCCUAGCCAGGACUCGCGCAUGUCCAACAGUAUGUUUGAUAUCUCGAACAACAAGAACGAGCUUUACGAUGGCGGGAUGCUUUCCUGCGGCUUCUGUAAUGAGACGACGUCGUGUGUCUGCAAGGACCUUGCUCUGCAGACCCAAGUCUCGGAGCAGUUGACGCUAUCUGAUCCGCCACGCCAUAACGCGCCACAUCUUGGCGGGCGGCGCGACAGUUCGUUGCAGCCUUCCAUUCUGGACAACCUUCCUCAGUAUCAAGCCCCCGUACCGCUCCGUCGGCGUUCUCCCGCGAACCCUACCUGCCCCGUCUUUCCUGUCGCGCCCCCUCCCACAUCAUCCUCGUCGACAGCGUCCUGCUCGGGCGACCCGUCGAACUGUCUGGCUUGUGCGGACGACGCCUUCGGCAAGGCCUUUUGCGAUGCCAUCGGCAAGUCGGUCGCCACAUCCUCCUCCAGCUGCGGCUACUGCCCCGACCCCGCACAGCCAACCGAGAGCGCGCCGUCCCCCCCAUCUGCCAACGGUUGCUGCGGUGACCCACUAGCUUGCGGCGGCGUCAUUUCGUGUGCCCCCACAACACAUGUCGUCCCACACUCGUCCCUGCAGGAUAGCAACAUGUCCGAUUCCCAAGGUCCCCCUGAAACCGUUUCCUGCGACACCGCCUGGCGCCAGAUCAAGGCGCAUCCCAAUGUCGCCUUCACGGAUCUCAGCCUCCUCGCAGACGUCGUCGCACGUCGUUCCAAAUGUAGCGGUCCGCGCGUGGAGAUCGUGCCUGCACCAGGUGCGGUCACACCAGAGCGCGGCUUGUCUCCCGCGAUCUCCUCGUCACACGCCGAGAACGGCCAGUCAAUAAUGUUGUCGGACCCUCGCGCGCCGUACGACUCGAGGCAAGGUAUGGGUGUGACGACGGCACGGUCUCCGCCACCGCACUGUGGUCGUCAACGUGUACGCGAGGUUAUGGCCGACGGAGUUCACGAUGCUCUAAGGCUCUUGGACGCUAAGUUUCCUCUAUCUGCUCGCCAGAAUUACAUGUCUUGA